UCAAACAGUUGCUUCGUACUUUCAAGAAUUAAAAAUGUUACUAUAUAUUUACUGUAUUCUUAUUCUUUUAGUAGAAGCAAAAAAAAUCAAAAUUUAUCAGAGCGGCGAGGAUAACGAAGAUGUUAUAACACCUCAGCAUUUUGAAUCAACACCAGAUGUUAAGAAAAAUGCUGUAUCUUCGGCAAAUGCACUGCUGUCGCGCUCAUCUCCACGUCCUAAAAAUUGUCAAUACUGCAAAGUAGAGGGUGAUAUUUGGGUGUAUGAUAGUAAUGCUGCACGUAACAUGAAAGAGAGAGCUAUGAGAUUUGGGAAAAGAUCUCACAUUUACAAACCUGCUGAAAGGAGAUCAAAUAACAUUACUAAGCGCAUUGAAGAAGCAGAGAAAAUGAUUUGGAGUACCCCAGUUAUACCAUACGUAUUUCAUAAAAGUGCAGGUAGCAAGGUAAUCAGCGCUGUUAAACAAGCCAUGGAAGAUUUUCAAACUUGGACCUGUGUGAAAUUUAUAAAAAGAACAAAAGAACAAAAUUAUGUCAACAUUACAUCACAGAACAACGGAUGUUGGUCAGAAUUAGCACGUGUUGGCGGAGAACAGGAAAUUAGUCUCGGUGAUUUUUGUAACAACAAAGGAUCGGCUUUGCACGAACUUAUGCACACAUUAGGUUUUCUUCAUGAGCAUACUAGAAUGAUUAGAGACAAAGCUAUCACAAUUAUGGUUGAAAACAUAAAAUCAAGAAAACUGGAACAUUUUGAUAAAUAUCCACACUAUUUGACCGAUAAAUAUAAUUUACCGUACGAUUACGAUAGCAUCAUGAACUUUCUUCCGUCUGCUUUCUCUGUGAAUGGUAAGCCAACCAUUAUGCCUAAAAAUCCGAAUAUUAAAAUGGGAAGGAUGGGGCAAAGAACAAAACUUAGCGACCAAGAUAUAAAAUUAAUAAAUCUAGUUUACAAAUGCAAAAGGGAAAACCAUAUUGCAUUGUCUGAAUCUAGAGAACUACCAGCUGUUGACAGUUCAAAUGAAAUGAUGGACAGCGUAGAUACUUUUAAUAAAGAACACCGUCUUAUAAACAACGCUGGUCGGAUAGAGGCGCAAAGACUGCCGGGUGUUGCAGAACAACCCGAAAAUAUUCCCCGAAAAAAUGAACAAUUUAAUUUCCUUCAUGACUUGCAUUCAGAAUCUAAGCCUCGACCUCAGCUUUCUGAAUCAAUGACUGAAUUAAACAUAGCAGAAGAAAAGAUCAAGGAUUCUUACGAAUCUCUUAAUAAUGAAAAGUCAGUUAGACCAAAUCCGCCAAUUAGUGUUCCUUUAAAAUUGCACACACCAAAAGGCAAGCAAAUUACGAAGAAACACAGGUUUAUGAUCGGAACUUAGAUUACCGCUUCCACCUCCUAGACGAAGAUUCGAUUCCUAUAAUUAUCUAAUUGGAUAAUCUACAUGUUAGUCUCUCAACUGUUCGAUUAGAAGGAUUUUUUUUAUGUAUAUAAAAAAUUUGUUUAAGAUACUAUUAAGAGUUAAUAUAAACCA